AUGUAUCGAGAACUGGACAGCAACUGGAGUAGCGUCGCUUGUAUCCAACGCGAGAGCGCGUUCACGCAUGUUUUAGAGCGUCUGUGCUGCGGAUCCACCUUCGUGUGGCCAGGACAAGUGUUGCUGCAAAAACCAGGUGCAAGGCGCGCGAACAUGGGACAGAUCGGAUCUUACCGGAGGAUAUCGAAUGGGCGUCCACAGGUCGAAUCGCCCUCUGCCUCUCCUGAGCCUGACGUCUACAAAGUGUGGCUGGUCCAAUAUUCAAAAGGAGAACCUCAGGAGUUCUUGAAGUUACCGACGCUCUUCAAGGCUCGUGUUACUGUAGAACCUGAGGGGGAUGAGACAUAUAUCAAUCGAGCUCCAGUGAGGAGGUCAGCUUCGUACAACGUCCUUCUCGUGGCACAUGGCGGAGGCAUCUUUGAUCUUUGCUUAGCUGCUCGAGACAUGUCAGGAGAGGAUGUAGCACAGAGUAGCCUCGGGACCCCUGCGAGGCGAGUAUGGAGCGCUACAAGGGGCGAAUUCCGUUAUGGAAGGCUAGCCGUCGCAGGAAUCGCUGCAACUGCGUAG